AUGCAGGCCCUCCGACAAAGAGCGGCUUGCGCCGUGCGCCACACCCGGGCCCCGGCCCCGAGACUGGCCCGCUCGUAUGCCUCCGAGGGCCACGGCCACCACGCGGCACCCCAGGUCGAGGAGGGACUCGGAACGGCCUUCUACGUCUUCAUCGGCCUGAUCCCGGCCUCGAUCGUCGGCUACAGCAUCUCGCGGCCCGGCGCCGACGGCUCGCCCUCGAGCCUCAGCAAGUGGCUCUCGGGCUUCGACUACUUCCGCGCCGAGGAUGAGGCGCGCAACUCGCUGCGCACCCAGCUGUACGAGCAGGCCGCCCACGAUAAGCACCUGUUCCUGGCCCAGGAGAAGAACUUGCACAUCGACCUCAAGAUGCCCGAGCUGCUCAACGCUGGCUCGCCAUGGAAUGUGCCCGCCGGACACCGGGGCCGCAACAUGGAGGAGCUGACUGAGCACUACAGGCAGCAGCACGUGGCAGAGGAGGACCGGAAAUCGAAGAAGCUGGCGGCUCGGGCGGAGAAGGAGUCGUCGUGA